AUGUUGUUUACAUACGGGCAUCAGCAGCAGGUCGGUGUCGGGACCAUAGUUAGCCGCGCUGUGCGAUGCGAUGGCGCAGGCUGGAAGCGGAAGACGACGGCGAAGAGAGGGGUCGGCGUCGGCUUGCGGCAGGUGGCCAAGACCAUCUGGGAGAUGAUGGACAGACUGCACGCAGAGCGAAGACGAUGCAUAUCGCGUAGUCCCGCUCCAGUGAGGCGAGGAGCGUUGAUAGAAGUUGGAACUGGGAACUGGGAACUGGCACUGGCAAGACUACAUUGGGCUAGACAGACAACAGGCAUCUUCAGGCACGCUAUCAGCAGAAGGCACUGGCCAACCGAGGGGAACGGCUACAUCAGACAUGGUGACGCCGCGCAAGAGUCACAGUGGGAGAGUGGGUUUGCUCGUCGUCUCGGCCGUGGUCUUGUCUUGUACAGGUACUUUGGUACCUGA